GCCAACAAGAGAAAUAACAUAAAUCAUUUCCCACGCUACCCUUAUAGCUAUGUUCCAUGAUGAGUGACAAUAUCGUGAGUUUAUGACGUGUUGUGUUGUUUUAGGUCAAGGUGGGACCCUUCUCAAGAACAUUAAAUGACGCUAAGCAGGACUCAAAUCAUUUGCGGCAGUCAACCCUUCCCCUGAAAAAACUCUCUCUCCUCAACCGAACUACCAAAGAAACCCAGCUUCAAAUUCAUCUCCCAAAGCUGGGUUUCUAAAUCUUUCUGCAAAAUUCGCAAGUUCAGAUUCAAUGGAGAAACACCCAGAAAUUGAUUCAGGCGAAAAACGGCUCAAUGAGCUUGGUUACAAGCAAGAACUCAGAAGAGAAAUGACUUUGUUCAAGACAUUGGCAAUAUCAUUUUCUACAAUGUCACUCUUUACAGGGAUAACUCCUUUAUACGGGUCAAGUUUGCAGUAUGCUGGGCCCGCUAGUCUUGUUUGGGGUUGGGUUGUUGUUUCUUUCUUUACUGGGUUUGUUGGAGUUGCUAUGUCUGAGAUUUGCUCCUCUUUUCCGACUACAGGCUCCCUCUACUUUUGGGCAGCACAUUUAGCAGGGGCAAAAUGGGGCCCUUUUGCAUCUUGGUGCUGUGCGUGGUUUGAGACUAUAGGUUUAGUUGCUGGCAUAGGUACUCAGGCUUAUGCAGGAACAGAAGUUCUACAAAGCAUCAUUUUGCUGUGCACUGGGACAAACAAAGGUGGAGGAUACUUCGCUCCAAAAUGGUUGUUUUUAUGCAUUUAUAUAGGACUGACCCUCAUAUGGGCUGUGCUCAACACAUUUGCCUUGGAAGUCAUCGCUAUCCUUGACAUUAUAUCGAUGUGGUGGCAGAUGAUUGGUGGCGCAGUUAUUGUUAUUAUGCUUCCUCUGGUGGCUAUGACUACAAAGCCAGCCUCAUUUGUAUUCUCUCAUUUUGAGAUGGCAAGCUCAACUGGGGUAACAAAUCAUGCAUAUGCAGUCAUGUUAUCUUUUCUUGUCAGUCAGUAUUCACUGUACGGAUAUGAUGCAGCUGCACAUCUUACUGAAGAAACCAAAGGAGCUGAUAAAAAUGGACCCAUUGCUAUUCUUUCUAGUUUAGGGAUCAUUGCAGUUAUUGGAUGGGCAUAUAUCCUGGCCCUCACCUUCAGCAUUCAGGAUUUGAGCUAUCUAUAUGAUCCGAGCAAUGAGACUGCAGGAGCAUUUGUGCCGGCUCAGAUACUUUAUGAUGCAUUUUAUGGAAGAUAUCAGAAUGGUACUGGAGCCAUUAUUUUGCUUAUCGUCAUUUGGGGAUCUUUUUUCUUUGCCGGACUUUCUAUCACUACAAGUGCAGCCAGAGUUGUAUAUGCAUUAUCUAGAGAUGGAGGAGUCCCAUUUUCUACCAUUUGGAGAAAAGUGCACCCUAAACAUAAAGUUCCAUCUAAUGCAGUGUGGCUAUGUGCAUCUCUCUGCAUUCUUCUUGGGCUCCCCAUACUCAAACUCGACGUUGUGUUCACAGCCAUAACAUCAAUUUGCACAGUCGGGUGGGUUGGUGGCUAUGCAGUUCCAAUAUUUGCAAGAAUGGUUAUGGCUGAGGAAAACUUCAAACCCGGCCCAUUUUAUCUUGGGAGAGCAAGUAGGCCCGUUUGCUUAAUUGCAUUUACAUGGAUUUGUUAUACCUGCGCAGUCUUUCUUUUACCUACUUACUACCCUAUCAAAUGGGACACUUUCAAUUAUGCACCAGCUGCUUUGGGUAUAGUUUUGGGUCUGAUCAUGCUUUGGUGGGUUGUAGAUGCUAGGAGAUGGUUUAAGGGACCUGUUAGAAACAUUGAUGGCCAACAUGGCAAAGUUUGAAUGUUUUUCUCUUCUUAGAAACAACGUGAUUUUAAUGAUAUACGUCUUAACAUUUCUGAUCAGGCAACAGCAAGAUUCAUGCUUGAUAGUUUCUGUAUAUUUUUGUUAGAGUAUAAAAAGAGUAUAGAGUUACAGAGUAUGAGUGUAUGACAUGUUGGGUAUGAGUUGAUAUUGAUUUCUUCAUGUAACAAAAUUAAUAUCAUGCAAUGCAUUUGUUAUUGUGAAACUACUGUAACAUUUAUGUGUCCCUUCCAAUUUUUUAUCGUAUAAACAUUCGGCAA